UCAGAGAGAGAGAGAGAGAGAGAGAGAGAGAGCUUGUGACAAGGAGAGUAAGAGUGAGAAAAAAACCAGAGCGUUUGAUAUCAUAAAAAGAACACACUUUUAAGAGAAAAUGGCCUCUGCUUCUCUUUUCAAGUCAGCACCAGUUCUUGACAAGCCUGAGUUUGUGAAGGGUGGUCAGUCUCUUCACCAACCUUCAGUUUCUGUUGUUCGUUUCCAACCCGUCUCACCUUCUUCACUCACUGUCCGCGCCUCUUCAUAUGCCGAUGAACUUGUCAAGACCGCGAAAACUAUUGCAUCUCCGGGGCGUGGAAUCCUGGCCAUGGAUGAGUCGAACGCCACCUGUGGGAAGAGACUGGCCUCGAUCGGUCUAGAGAAUUCUGAGGCUAACCGCCAGGCAUACAGGACUCUUCUUGUUACAGCUCCCGGGCUUGGCCAGUACAUCUCAGGUGCUAUCCUCUUUGAGGAGACACUAUACCAAUCAACAACUGAUGGCAGGAAAAUUGUCGAUGUGCUCACCGAGCAAAACAUAGUUCCUGGUAUUAAGGUUGACAAGGGUUUGGUUCCUCUAGCUGGUUCAAACAAUGAGUCAUGGUGCCAAGGUCUUGAUGGAGUUGCCUCUCGCUCUGCUGCUUACUACCAACAAGGAGCUCGUUUUGCCAAAUGGCGUACAGUGGUUAGCAUUCCAAAUGGACCAUCUGCCCUGGCUGUUAAGGAAGCUGCCUGGGGUUUGGCUCGCUAUGCUGCCAUCUCUCAGGACAAUGGUUUGGUGCCAAUUGUUGAGCCUGAGAUCUUGCUUGAUGGUGACCAUGGGAUUGAUAGGACCUUUGAAGUAGCUCAAAAGGUUUGGGCUGAGGUGUUCUUCUACCUGGCUGAAAACAAUGUCGCCUUUGAGGGAAUUCUUCUCAAGCCCAGCAUGGUCACUCCUGGUGCCGAGAGCAAGGACAAGGCCACACCGCAUCAGGUCGCUGACUACACCCUCAGACUCCUCAGGCAAAGAAUCCCCCCUGCUGUCCCCGGAAUCAUGUUCUUGUCAGGUGGGCAAUCUGAGGUAGAGGCAACCUUGAACUUGAACGCGAUGAACCAAGCUCCCAACCCGUGGCACGUCUCGUUCUCGUACGCAAGAGCACUUCAAAACACUUGCCUCAAGACGUGGGGAGGCAGACCUGAGAACGUCAAGGCAGCUCAGGAGGCCCUGAUUGUCCGGGCAAAGGCCAACUCUCUUGCUCAGCUUGGUAAAUACACCGGCGAGGGAGAGUCGGAUGAGGCCAAGCAAGGCAUGUUUGUUAAGGGCUACGUUUACUAAGCUGUUUCUUCACUCCAAAUUCUUCUGUAGAUGUGUGCCGUGAGAAUAUGACAAAGUAGUGAAAACUUAUCGUCUCUGUCCAAGUUCUUUGUGGAGAUUAUUUUUGGGCCUUAAAGUUGUAAUAUUAGUUAUCUAAUAAAUUAAUCUCCUGGCAAUUGAUGCU